CUCGCUUCCCGCAAAAAUUUGGAACUAGGCACAUCCAAUUCAACUUUUCUCAAGUCGCAAUUGACAACCCUCCACACCAAUCUGCCACUUCACGAUAACUCCAAUUACCCAUCGUUGAACAGUCAAAAUGGCCCGUGGACCUAAGAAGCACCAGAAGCGCCUGAGCGCCCCCUCCCACUGGCUUCUCGACAAGCUUUCGGGUGUCUACGCCCCUAAGCCGUCGGCCGGUCCUCACAAGCAGCGCGACUGCAUGCCCCUCAUCAUCUUCAUCCGCAACCGUUUGAAGUAUGCCUUGAACUACCGCGAGGUCAAGGCCAUCCUCAUGCAGCGCCUGGUCAAGGUUGACGGCAAGGUCCGCACCGACAACACCUACCCCGCCGGCUUCAUGGACGUCAUCACCCUCGAGAAGACUGGCGAGCACUUCCGCCUCAUCUACGACACCAAGGGCCGAUACACCAUCCACCGAAUCCAGUCCGAGGAGGCCGAGUACAAGCUCGGAAAGGUCAAGCGAGUGCAACUUGGCAGGGGCGGAAUCCCAUUCUUGGUCACGCACGAUGCGAGAACCAUCCGCUACCCCGACCCUUUGAUCAAGGUCAACGACACAGUCAAGAUCAACCUCUCCACCGGCAAGAUUGAGGACUUCAUCAAGUUCGACACCGGUGCUAUUGCCAUGGCCACUGGUGGUCGCAACAUGGGUCGUGUCGGUGUCAUCACCCACCGUGAGCGCCACGAUGGAGGUUUCAACAUCGUCCACAUCAAGGAUGCCAUUGACAACACCUUCGCCACCCGUGAGAACAACGUCUUCGUUAUUGGCUCUGAGAAGCCCUGGAUCUCUCUGCCCAAGGGCAAGGGUGUCAAGCUCACCAUUGCAGAGGAGCGUGACCGCCGCCGAGCCCACGCUCUUGCCGGCCACUAAAUGGUCUUCUUUCGGUAAAACAACAAAACGGGAUCUGGCAGAGGGUUGACUUUUUCGCAACGCAUGGGAACUGGAGUCUGGCAUAUCCGAUUCAAUCUUACCAAACGAGUAAGAUUCGUGGUUUACCUAGGUCAAUGAUAAUGAGAAUUAAUUGACCCCUGAUCCCGCCUUUACGUUAGGCAGUUA